AUGAAUUUUAGAGUGUUCUAUCUGGCAACGAGUCAGAGUAACCAGAGUUUUGAAGAAGGGAUAUCAUUCUCAUCCGAAUCAUGCUCGUCAGAAGACGAAAUGCCUUAUUCGGUGAGCGCGGCUUCAUUGUGUACUCCGGCUCGGGAGUUUGGAAGAGGAACAUCUCAUCGUGGAAGCGCACGAAGCAUGCCACCGGAGUCUGAUCUGAUCCGUGGACUGUGUAAUAGUGCCAUACGACGAACGUUUUCCUCGGUCUCAGAUAGCCUUGCCAGUCCACAACGUUUUGAUCGAUCGCGAUCUAUGCGACUACGAGAAAAGCUACUGCUGAGUGCCAGCAUGGCAGAACUGCCUGAAGAAGAGGUUGCUCCUCUUGCUACGUGUGAGGAAGGUGUUGAGGAAAAUAGAACUCCCGUCUGUGAUGUUGAAGGCUCUGGCCGAAGAAGUAGUCUUAUAUGGCUCCGCUCCAAAUCGAGGAUAUUUGGUUCGCGAAAGCGUGGUGAUGCUACAACUACACCCCUUGGUACCACUGCGUUAGGAACGCCACUAACUGGUGAAGAUAGCACACCAUCGGGUACCAGAAGUUUGCGUAGAUCGUCGGCUAGCUCUUCGAGUAUUCAGAAGAAAGUUUCAUCAGCACUGAGGAAAGGGCUGGGUUUGCGGGGUUCGAACAACAAUUUGGCAGCGGACAUAAUAGGAAGAACUCCAGGUGGCAUAAUCAAGCGGUCCUCCACAAACUCAAAGGACAGACAGCGAUCGUCCGCUACGUUCACAAGACGCUGCAGUGAUGGUAAGUUUACGAUGAGAAGGCAAUUUUCUCUUUUGAGCUAG